AUGUCAGUCUCGGGAAGAGACGGCACCACGGAAAGCCACAUACCGCUGGCACAGUGGCACGUUAACGUCCAGUCUGCGGCGUGCGCAGUCUUUUCGGAAUCAACGCUCGUAGAGAUCGAAGGGGCCACGGCGCCCCGGGCCAUGAUCUCCAACAACCAGCCCGAUGCCCAUCAAUCCUACUUGUAUACUUGUGAGCUGGUUGUGGUCGAGACUCGAGACUAG